CUCGCUUUCUCUCGCGUUAAAGCAAAUUUUGUCUCCUCACUGGAUCUUGGGACGAGGCGUCGCCGUUGACCUUGAGCCGAUACACGUCGAUUGGAGUUUACAUUGUACCACCAUGCUCAAGGGAUUGCGACAAGUGGCCAGCGCGCUGGCCAUGCCCAGCCGGUCUGCAGUGCUGGCGCGUGGCCUGGCCACCAAGAUGCCCGAAAUGCCCACCUGCCUGCACGUGGGCCAGUCGAUCGAGACGACCCGGUCCUUUUCGCCGGAGGAUGUCCAGGCCUUUGCCGAGCUGAGUGGGGACUUUAACCCGCUGCACCUUGAUGCCGAUUUCGCGGCCAAGACCCGCUUCGGCCGUCCCAUCGUCCAUGGCGUCCUCAUCAACGGUCUCCUUUCGGGCAUCAUGGGCGCGCAAUUGCCUGGUGCAGGCUCCAUUUUCCUGAGCCAAACUCUCUCCUUCUCGGCCCCCUUGUUCGUGGGCGAGCCCGUUACCGUGCGCGCUACCGUGGACAAGUUUCAUCCAACCAAGCCCGUGGUGGAGCUCAAGACCAUCAGCCUCGACAAGGAUGGCCAGCAGCUCAUGGCUGGUACGGCAGUCGUCAUGAUCCGUCCAGAGCUCUACGCUGCCUCCAUGGACGCCGCCAAGAGCAAGUAGAAGCUCUGACAUCCGAGAAGCACGCAGGCCGCUGAUAGCUGAAAACGCGUCUACUCCUUGUUCUGCCCACCACCCUUCUUUGGAUUUUCGCUUGUCCCCAUUGAAUCUCACCCUUGCCGCUUUUGUGGACCCCUUUGGUCUUUGGCACCAUUGGCUGCGUAAACACCGGGCACACAAGGCAAUGUGUGGGGUGGCUCAUUUUUUUCUUCUGUUUUAAAGUCAAUCAAAGUCAGUCAAAAUUAACCCGGCUUUGGACCUUCAUCAAGCUUACUGGCUUUACGCUUGAUGGAUGUCACGCUUAGCUUUGACUUUAAGCUUACUGCUUGGCUUUGGUUUGACGCAUGUCACACGGGAAACGCGGCUUGCCGCGACGGGAAAUCCAACUUGUGCUUG